ACGAACAAACCUACAUUUUAUAUAGCUUACAAAAUUAGUGGUAGUAGUACGAAAUAAUACAAUUAUAUUAAAAUUGUUCAGGUAACUUUGCCAGCCCCUGCCAGGGUAGGCUUUUACUGGACACCAAGAAAACGCGUUUGAACCAUGAAGCCAACAGAAAUUGGAAAAGAGAUGUCAUCAAACAGUUUGACAGAACAAGGACUCACACCACCGGAGAGGGAAGAAGACCAUCAGCAAGAAGAUCCUGGAGAGGACAAUGAUCCCAUUUCUAAUAUAGGCCUAUGUGGAUUUGCUGAGUGUCACCCCAUGCUAACUUCAGCUGUCAUUAACAAUAAAGGCAAUAGAAGUCCCAAAAAAAGUAAUUUACUAAUAUCUGAAUUGCUGGAUACAAUUGAUUUAAUUCGUAAAAUGUAUUUAAAUACUGUAAAUACAAAUAAGUCACAUUUACAGUCCCCCCAUAAAGUUAAUAGUAAUCGGCCAAAACUUAAGUGUCGCAUUUUUGAAUUGUUUUUGAAAAGAGUGUCUGCUCAUGGGCCCUUACAUACUCCCCCGAUAUAUUUUCAUGAGAAUAAUGGGGGGAAGGAGAAACAAUAUGCAUCUGCUGUUCUUGUAUUGAGAAAUGAUGAAUGUGUGGAGUUUCCCAAGGUUAAACCAGUUCUUUUAAAAAAGACAUCUGAAUGUUCGAAACACAGCGAGGAAAUUUUAAUUGGAGACAUUGAUGAAUAUCUUCGGAGCAAUGUAACUAAAGUGCAAAGUAUUUCCUUUUAUACAGUGAAUAGCCCAUGUUUAAAAAGACAUGGGAAGGAAAAACAUAUUCCUUGUUGUAUGUUACAACUUAUAGAAAAAGCUUAUCAGUGGUACAAUGAAUAUGGGAUUAUUACUUCAGUGGGAUUCAGAAACUGUUGGGGGUCAUUUACACCAAGUCUCUUUAAGUCUCUCGAAUAUUCCAACAUCUCAUCUCGGAGCUGUAUUUUUUUCGGAUAUUUUAAAGAAUUCAGGGAAACCCCCUUUAAAUUAAAGAGUUUCAUAAAUAAAGUUAAAGUUGAUGAUAUCUAUGAGACACGGUCUGAUGAUACCAUCUAUAUAGAUGCUAUUGAAGAUGCUCUUGAUGCUCUUGUGAAACUGGGAACAAGUUCACAUACUUUUAAAGAACAUUUGCUCCGUGGAGAGGAAUUCAUUUCUUCAUUAGAAUUUCCUGCAGUAGUGCAGGAUGAAAUCUUGGAAAAUUUGAGAAAGAACUGGAAAAAAAUGGUUGAAAACUGUUUUGUGUUUCACAUUGGAAAAGAAAUAGCAGCAGAUCUAAAAACUGCAACAGUUCAUGCCUUUCUAGAAUUUCAGACGUCUUUGGGGAAUAGCAGCCCUUUCCAUCUUUAUCAGAUCCCUUAACAAAUACCAAUAUGUCGAAUUGAUUAAAAAGGACCGUAAAACAUAAACUGUAGUUAUCAAUUACAAUUACUGUCAAUUAUUGUUUGUUGUUUGAUUAGUCUAUGAAUAAAUAUUUUUAAAUUGA